GAGCACGAUGCCGCGCAGGAAUGUGAAAGGCUCCCGCCCGCCGCCAUUUUCUUUCUUUCUUGGCAGGCAGCGAGUGGGGCAGGAAGCGGUGGCUGAGCGAGUAUGGCGGACUAUUCCACGGUGCCCCCUCCUGCUUCGGGCGCGCCCGGGGGAGGCGGCGGUGGAGGUGGAGGAGUGAACGAUGCCUUUAAAGACGCUCUGCAGAGGGCUAGGCAGAUUGCAGCAAAAAUUGGAGGAGAUGCUGGCACAUCAAUGAAUUCAAACGACUACGGUUAUGGAGGACAAAAAAGACCUCUUGAGGAUGGAGAUGGCUCUUGGACAAGUCCGAGCAGUACAACACACUGGGAGGGAAUGCCCUCUCCUUUUAAAGAUCAACCAGAUGCUAAGAAAGUUGCUCCUCAGAAUGACUCUUUUGGAAAUCAGCUACCACCGAUGCAUCAACAACAAAGGUCUGUGAUGACAGAGGAGUACAAAGUUCCAGAUGGGAUGGUUGGAUUCAUAAUUGGCAGAGGUGGAGAGCAGAUCUCACGUAUACAGCAAGAGUCUGGCUGUAAAAUACAGAUUGCACCUGAUAGUGGAGGCCUGCCUGAAAGAUCAUGUAUGCUAACUGGAACACCAGAGUCUGUUCAAUCAGCAAAAAGAUUACUUGAUCAGAUAGUUGAAAAGGGAAGACCUGCACCUGGCUUUCAUCAUGGUGAUGGACCUGGAAAUGCAGUCCAAGAAAUUAUGAUUCCAGCAAGUAAAGCAGGAUUAGUUAUUGGAAAAGGUGGAGAGACAAUUAAACAAUUACAGGAGCGGGCAGGUGUCAAAAUGGUCAUGAUUCAGGAUGGUCCACAGAACACUGGUGCAGACAAGCCACUUAGGAUAACUGGAGAUCCUUAUAAAGUUCAACAAGCCAAGGAAAUGGUGCUGGAGUUAAUUCGUGAUCAAGGUGGCUUUAGAGAGGUGCGCAACGAAUAUGGGUCAAGAAUAGGAGGAAAUGAAGGGAUAGACGUUCCAAUACCACGAUUUGCUGUAGGUAUUGUAAUUGGACGAAAUGGAGAGAUGAUAAAAAAGAUACAGAAUGAUGCUGGUGUUAGGAUCCAAUUUAAACCAGAUGACGGAACAACUCCAGAUAGAAUAGCCCAAAUCACAGGGCCUCCUGACAGAUGUCAACAUGCUGCAGAAAUUAUUACAGAUCUCCUUCGAAGUGUUCAGGCUGGUAACCCUGGUGGACCAGGGCCUGGUGGUCGAGGAAGGGGUAGAGGCCAAGGCAACUGGAACAUGGGGCCUCCUGGUGGAUUACAAGAAUUCAAUUUUAUUGUUCCCACUGGCAAAACUGGAUUAAUCAUUGGCAAAGGUGGUGAAACUAUUAAAAGCAUAAGCCAGCAGUCUGGUGCUAGAAUAGAACUUCAAAGAAAUCCUCCACCUAAUGCGGAUCCAAACAUGAAGAUGUUUACUAUCCGUGGAACACCUCAGCAAAUAGAUUAUGCACGACAACUUAUAGAAGAAAAGAUUGGAGGUCCAGUAAAUCCAUUGGGUCCACCUGUUCCCCAUGGACCCCAUGGUGUUGUUCCUGGCCCACAUGGACCUCCUGGGCCACCAGGUCCUGGUGCUCCCAUGGGACCAUAUAACCCAGCUCCUUAUAAUCCAGGGCCUCCUGGCCCUGCACCUCAUGGUCCUCCAGCUCCGUAUGCUCCACAAGGAUGGGGAAAUGCUUAUCCACACUGGCAGCCACCAAAUCCACCAGAUCCUGGUAAGCCAGGAACAGAUCCCAAUUCAGCAGCAUGGGCAGCUUAUUAUGCUCACUACUAUCAGCAGCAAGCACAGCCACCACCUGCAGCCCCUCCUGGUGGACCAGCUACAACCCAAACUAAUGGACAAGGAGAUCAGCCAAACCCAGCACCAGCAGGGCAGGUUGACUACACCAAGGCCUGGGAGGAGUACUACAAAAAAAUGGGUCAAGCAGUUCCUGCCCCUGCUGGGGCUCCGCCCGGUGGUCAGCCAGAUUACAGUGCAGCAUGGGCUGAGUACUACAGACAACAGGCAGCGUAUUACGCCCAGACAAGCCCACAGGGAAUGCCACAACAUCCUCCAGCACCACAGGGCCAAUAAUAAGAAGUGGACAAUACAGUAUUUGCUUCAUUGUGUGGGGGAAAAAACCUUUGUUAAAUGUAUGGAUGCAGACGCCUUGAUGAAGAUCUUAAUUUUGUUUGGUUAAAAAAAUAGUGUUUUUGAAAAUGUACAAAAUAUCUAUCACUACUGAUAGGAGGUAAUAUUUCUGUGUAGAAAUGAAAAAUGGUUUGUUUUUAGUAUUAGUGUAGAUGUACACAUUCCAGCAAAUGUAUUUGCAAUUAUGUGGUCAAUGCUUUGUGAUAUAAAUGUACUUUUUCAAUGUAUUCUUUAUCACUUUUAAAAUGCCUGUUUUGUGCUUUACAAUAAAUAAUAUGAAACCUCCUGUGUCGGUAAGUUGGAUAUGUGGUUAUAUAAAGAAUUAUAGGAUUGAUUUGCAACGUUGAAUCAAGGUACCUGUACACAAAUAAGAUAUUUUUCCCCCCCCAUGAAACCGUGUUGAGUUUAAAAACUUGUCGUUAGCAUGUUUUUCCCCUCUUGCAGAAUAGUUGUAGAUGGAGGAUCUUUCAUUCAUUGUAUUUUGCUGCCUAGCACCAGUAAUCUUGAUACCUUAAUUUUCUUUCUAUUUGAUUAAAACUGCAUGUGUUUAAGAAGGUGAUCUUUUGGCAUACUUCCAUUGCAUUAACAGUGAAAUUUCCUUUUAUACAUGACCACUGUUUCAGUCCUGUGCAGCUGCUAUAACAGAUAACUUUUGUUCUUAAUUGAAUACUUCAAAACUGUUCCUGCAUAACUAUUUUAUGGAUUUUUCAGACUAGUUAUAAAUUUAUAUUUUAAGUGUAAUGUGCUUAAGCCUUCAGUUUAAAGUAGUCCACUUCAAAAUUCAGUGUAGAAAAGUCAAUGUGGUAUGCAUAGUAGUUACAAAAAUUGCAUCUGUCCUUAAAACGCUGUUUUGUUUGAGUGGUGGGGAGUGGUUGAGAACUUCCUGCAGAGCAGAUAACUUCUGUUUUUGUAAAUAGUCAAGUAUUUGAAUCAAUUGAUUAUUUUUUUAUAUAUACUUGAAACUUCUUAUUGCUCUAAUGCUCAUACUAAAAAGCUGAUUCUCUUGAAAUCCUAUGUUUGCUCUUUGCAUAUUUAUUGGCUCUUUGCAUAUAUUAGACUACAUGCAAUACAGUCUGUCUUGCCAUUGUCUGUUGAAGUGCAGGUUUGAUCCAGCCAGUAUAGAACUAGCUCUAUAGGGGUGAGGAGGACUGUGCUGUGUAUCAUCCUUGAUUGUUCCUUCAAGGAGCAUUGCACUGUAAGUACAUCAGAAUGACAAAUUGAUGAACUGCAACAGUAUCUUUUUGUCAAUGUUCCACAUAAUGAAAAUGCCAUACUUGUGUGACUAUUAUGUUGGAAUACAGUGCUCAUAUCUUAGGAAAUCAUAAUUGCUUCUUAAUUCAGAAACAUAGGUUUGCGUAUAUAUAUACACAUACACAUAAUAUGAGCUUUGUGGGUAAGUAUUCCUGAAACGUUUAGCAAUAGCUAAAGAAAAUCAUGUUUCUGUUUAAUUGAGUAAUAGUUUUUUUCAUGAGUACUCCUGAGACAGCUGUUUCAUUCAGUGUUUUAAAGUAUGCAUAUCGUAACAUUGAAGUCUUUGGAACCACUUGUUAGACAGAAGUUGUCUUUGUCUUCAGAUAGUUUGCAGAUAUGUAGUCAUGUAGGUAUGUUUUAAAUAAUUCUAUAACUGUUACUUGCUUUUUCUUUUGGAGCACCGUAUUGUUGCUUUGAGAAUACAUCUUUUUAGGGUGGCUGCACAGAGAAGUAAAAGUUAAGGCUUGAAAAUUGAAGUAGUUUAUUCAGGUAAUUAGCAAUGUAUGUAUUGUGCUGUAGAAAUAGAAGGAAUUAUUUUUAUCCCUUUUAAAAUUAGGAAUUAUUCUGGUAGCUUAAGAAAGGCUAGGACAGUAUUUGCUAUCUUUAGGGUAUGAAGUUUAAUAGUUCAGACAUUUUGCAUGGUAUUUUGUAGAUAACAUUAUAGAAUGGUGCAUUUAUUAUGUACUAAACUGAGCAAAAUUAAAUUCACUGGAUUCUUUAUCAUUCACAAAAUGGAGGCUGUUGAUUUUUGAUUCAUUUAAGGUAUAAAAUCUUUAUUAAUUGCAAACAGUGCAAUUAUUUAUACUUCACAGUGCCUUCCCAGACCUUCCACCUUAGGUUCUGCUGCAAAAAAGCAACAGGUAAGCACAACCUAAGGAAGUAUAUAAAUCAAUAUAUUUCAGUACAUUAAUGUUGUCCCUGUGAGAUCUUUGUGGUUGUGUAUUGAAAAGCAAUCUGCUGCUUCCCCAAAUGCAUUGUUAUUCACGGUUCCAUUUCAGUGGAAAGUCUUAAGUUUUCAAACAACUGUUUAUAUUUCUAGGUAAAUAUGUAUUUUAUAUAUAUAUUAUUUUUUUUUUUAGAAAAGAUUAGUAGAUUGCAGUAAUUAAACUUGAUCAGAAUAAGUAAUUUUUGUUAUUUUUCCUCAGAUAGCUAAUUGUUGCAAUUAAAGAAUCAAACCUUUAAAAUAUGUAGGAAUUACUUUGGUUAGAAACGUCAACAGCCUUCACAAAUGUUUUUUUGUAAUAGGGCACUAUUCUCACAGUAAACUCGUAAGACCUAAAUAUAAAGAAUAUGACUUCUUGUUGUUAUCACUGAACUUGAUAACUUGUCUUACAGUUAUAGUGUGUUAGUGGAAUUUUUUAGAUAACUUAGUUUGCUUAUUCAUACUUGACAUGGUAGGAAAACAGAUUAUGGAGUUUGAGGUUAGUAUGUUUUAACUGAAAAAGCAUGUGCACCAAUUAAAUGUUAACAGUACAGCAAUUAAUAUUUUAUAUAGCAGUCAGUGUAUCCUGUUUCUUGAUACUUAACUGAAUUGCUGUAUAUUUUGAUAGUUUAAAAUGUUUGUAUGUCUUACAGAUGGUCUGGUACAGGUUUUUGUUGCUGGGUUUUGUUGGUUGUUUUGGUUUUGGUUUUGUUUUGUUUUUAGCUUAAAGUAAAGCAGCAUCUAUUUGGUUUUGGUUUUUUGUUGAUUAAUCUGUUUCUAAAAUGUGCUGCUCAUCUUUCAAAAGUCCUGCUUAUCUGUACAUCAAAGAAAAAUAUUCAAAAAUACUGCCUUCAUUUUCACACACAGUGCUGAAGAUGCUGCAAGCACCAAAUCAUAGCUCAUAGAAUCAGGUCCUGAGAUAGUUACUACCAGUAAAGAGGAAUCCUUUGAGUGUAUGCCAUUGGUGAGCCGAUGAGCAUGGACCAUAGAAGGGCUCCAUGUAGAAGGUAAAAUUGGCAAAAACAUAACAGAUUUGAAAUGUAUCCCAUACAUAAUGGUGUAGGGUAUAAUUUUUGUUUUGAUCACUUUUCAUUCUUUAAAGUAUUAUUUGUUUGACCAUAAAUGUUCCAUAAUCUGUUAAGUUCUUUAAACUGUGAUUUAAUAAUAUAAACCAUCUAUUUUAUUUUAUAUUCUUCUAAACAGCCAAGUUUAGACAUAUUGAAUUUUUGAACUAAAUUAAUAGUUGUGCUUCAGUUUCUCAAGCCACUUAAUAUUUCAUCUGUAGUUUAAUAUAUAACUUCAUUUUUGACAUGAGAAAAGGUUAGGUGUGUACCAUUUUGAGCUUGAUACUGUGAAUUUAGUGUUGAGGUGAGUCAUUUGUUCACUUCCUUUUUUUCUUCAACUGUUGUUGCUAAAAUAUCUUAACAGUUUUUCAACUGUAAAUUUAGCCAGUGGGAGGAGAUAGAGAAGAAUAAGCCAGUUUAUUGGAAUGUUGCUAGUGUGUGGAAGAUGAGAUGUUCUUGUGUGUAGCAUUUGAGGUGUACUGACUUCCAGCUUUCCAGCUUUCUCACUGCUGGGCGUAUGGGCAUGGUAUUUUGUGCUAAGCAUAGUGUUUAUCUUUCAACUCUGUCUCCAAACGCAUAGUUCUUAGGAGAACAGGAAAUAGAUUGUUGAAGUUAUCCUGAUCCAAAAAGAUAACCAGACUUCCUUAGAAAUGUAAUUAACUUGUCCAAAAGGUGUCUUUAAAUGUUGCCUGCUUUUUUUUUUCCCACCCCCUUAGAGUCCCACAAAUUAAGUAGAAUGUGAAGAGUACGAAAAGUUUAAAAAGGAAGCAUAAUGGUCAAAGUAGGAAAAGCAUUUUCAUAUCACUUUCUGCAGCCUAUACUUUAAUAUGACAUGAAAUAAAAUGUCAGGUGGAUAAUCUGCAGUCUAGCAUGAUCAUAAGUCAUCUCUUCAAGUUGUCCAGGCAGACAGUAUCAUUGUUCACUUGCACAGCCUGUCUUGAAAUAUUUCAUCUUUUUACUUAGUGAUAUUUUAUUGGGUGAUAGAAACUGUUUCUCCCCUGUUCUCUUCCAAAGUAAUUUUAAGUUUUCCAUUGCAUGCUAAAAGCUUUUUAUUUUGUUCUUUUUCUGGAAGUGGGGGGAGGAAGGGAGGAUUGGGCUUUUCAGAAAGCAUACAGUUGACAGGAUUCCCUCUUCCUAGUAAUAGCUUAUAAAACUCUUAUGUAUGCACAAAUAUUUCUCUUGCGUGCAUGUGAAAUGCCUUUUCGUCCUGAGAAAAGUGUUCUCUGCAGAAACUACCCGUGUGUAAAAAGAAGAUUGGCUUUAAAAGGCAACUGUGAUGGGAACAGUGUCUUAGGGAGAUGCAGCUUGGACUUGAGGUAAAUUGAAUGCUUUACAAAAAUGUGGUUUUGAGCUUGCAUUGACAUUGUAUGUAAUAUGGGUACACGUUAACUGUAUAAUGUUUUUUGUAUGGUUUUUCUCAAUAAAUGUAAACUGAUGGAUAA